AUGGCGGCCGUUCGGAAGCUAAUCGUAGAAGUAGUUGACGCCCGGAAUCUUGUCCCCAAAGAUGGCCAUGGAACGUCGAGUCCCUACGUGAUUGUUGAUUUCUACGGCCAGCGGCGGAAGACCCGGAUCGUGGCUAGGGAUUUGAACCCGGUUUGGAAUGAGACUCUGGAGUUUAACGUCGGAAAACCGUCGGAUGUGUUCGGGGACAUGCUUGAAGUUGAUGUUAAUCAUGAUCGGAAUCUUGGUCCGACGACCAGAAAUAAUUUUCUCGGCAGAGUCCGGCUGAAUUCACGCCAGUUUGUGAAGAAAGGGGAGGAGGCUUUGAUUUAUUAUCCUUUGGAGAAGAAGCAUUUGUUUAGUUGGAUUCAAGGCGAGAUUGGAUUAAAAAUCUACUUUGUUGAUGAAGUUGCUCCGAAUCCGGCGCCGCCGUCUCCUCCACCGUCUGAGGAGGUGAAGGCUGAGCCAAAGUCGCCGGAGGAAGUACCUGAUAACCAGCCCAAAGCCAAGGAAGAAGCAACGUCAGAAGCUCCACCUUUAACGAAGAAAGAUAAACCGAAUGAAGAACCGGCGCCGGAGCCGGAGGUGGCACCGCCGUUGGAAGCUUCCGGUCAAGAUGGUGAAGUUUCAGAUGAAGGUCUUGAACCAGUACAAUCAAGUACUCCAGUGAAGCAAGAGCGAUUUGAUUAUGGUCAGUUAAUGACAUCAAGAUCGAUGCCGGAGAUCAGACUCGGUGGCGAGAUUCCGGUCGGUCCACAGCCGAUUCCUCGAGCUUCAUCGAUUAGCAGCUUCACGACGGAUGUGUCUGAUCGGUUUCCGAUCGAACGGUCAUCAUUCGAUCUCGUGGAGAAAAUGCAUUAUCUUUUUGUUCGGGUAGUUAAAGCUCGGUCAUUACCCACCCCCGGCAACCCGGUGACUAAGAUCGUGGUUUCCGGUUGCCAGGUCAUCUCGAAACCCGCUCGAAAAACCAUGUACUUUGAGUGGGACCAGACAUUUGCUUUCCGACGGGACUCACACGACUCGACGGCGAUUCUCGAAGUUUCUGUGUGGGACCCACUUGUCUCGAGCUCGAUGUCGGAUGUGGCAGGGCAUAACUUCCUAGGUGGGAUAUGCUUCGAUGCCACGGAGAUCCCAUUGCGAGACCCACCUGAUAGCCCGUUGGCCCCACAAUGGUACAGGCUAGAAGGAGGUGGAGCUCACAAAGGAGAUCUCAUGUUGGCCACAUGGGUCGGGACCCAGGCUGAUGAGUCGUUUCCAGAAGCAUGGAAAACCGACACGGCGGGUAACCCUGGAUCCCGAUCCAAAAUUUACCAGUCUCCGAAGUUAUGGUAUCUACGUGCGGUGAUCAUCGAAGCUCAGGACGUUUCCCUCUCAUCAUCGUUCCAGAUCAAAGCCCAAUUCGGGUUUCAAGUACAAAAGACAAAAUCCAUCGUCACUCGUAACGGAUCUUCGUCUUGGAACGAAGACUUGAUGUUUGUAGUGGCUGAGCCGUUCACCGACCAACCUUUGUUGUUGUUUCUAGUCGAACAACGGGGGCCCAAAGAAUCCACUGUUGUUGGAGUUGCCAGCAUACCUUUAGCUUCGAUCGAGCGUCGCGUAGACGAUAGAGUGGUGGUCUCGAGAUGGUUAACCUUCGAAGAUCCAAACAAAGAAAAGCGCGUUUAUCGGGGUCGGGUCCAACUCAAAGUAUUUUUCGAUGGCGGAUACCAUGUGAUGGACGAAGCCGCACACGUUUGCAGUGAUUAUCGACCCACCGCAAAACAACUUUGGAAACCCCCGAUCGGCACGGUUGAGUUAGGGAUCAUCGGAUGCAAGAAUUUGCUACCGAUGAAAUCGAUCAACGGCAAGGGAUCGACAGACGCUUAUGCCGUGGCAAAGUACGGUAACAAAUGGGUUCGGACACGAGCAAUAUCUGAUAACCUAGAUCCAAAAUGGAACGAGCAAUACACAUGGAGAGUUUAUGAUCCAUCCACGGUUUUAACAAUUGGAGUUUUCGAUAGCUGGGAAGCGUUUGGAUCUGACGGCCAGAAAGAGUCCACGAGGUUGGAUUUCCGUAUGGGAAAAGUGCGUAUACGUAUAUCGAAUUUAGAGAUGGGAAAGGUAUACAACAACGUGUAUCCGCUAAUGUUAUUGAACGGUGCCGGUCUCAAGAAAAUGGGUGAACUGGAGGUGGCCGUGCGAUUUGUGCGUAUGGCACCACGGCUCGAUUUUUUGAACGUAUACGCACAACCUUUGUUGCCGAUAAUGCACCAUAUAAAGCCAAUCGGUGUGGUGCAACAAGAGGUUCUUAGAACGACCGCGGUUAAGGUCAUCGCGGCUCAUUUGGCACGGUCCGAACCACCUCUUCGUCGUGAAGUGGUGACCUACAUGCUAGAUGCGGAUACGCACACAUUUAGCAUGAGGAAAGUGCGCGCCAAUUGGUUACGGAUAAUCAACGUGUUAUCCGGGGUCAUCGACAUGGUGAAAUGGUUCAACGACACCCGGUCAUGGAAGAAUCCAACGGCUACGGUGUUGGUUCACGUACUCCUCGUGAUGCUAGUGUGGUUCCCGGACCUAAUCAUCCCCACGCUGGCGUUUUACGUGUUCGUAGUCGGGGUGUGGAACUACCGUUUCCGGUCUCGGUCCGCUCCACCGCACUUCGAUCCGAAGCUCUCCUUAGCCGAGACGAUCGACGGUAAUGAGCUCGACGAGGAGUUCGAUACGGUGCCAUGUACGAGAUCGAACGAAACGGUGCGAGCAAGAUACGACAAGCUACGUAUGCUCGGUGCACGAGUGCAAAGCGUGUUGGGAGAUAUCGCGACACAAGGCGAACGGGCGCAGGCGUUGGUGACGUGGCGGGACCCACAUGCCACGGUGAUCUUUGUGGGGUUAUGUCUGUUAGUGGCAAUCAUAUUGUACCUCGUACCAUCAAAGAUGGUGGCAAUGACAUUCGGAUUUUAUUAUAUGCGGCAUCCGAUCUUUAGAGAUAGGAUGCCGUCCCCGGCAUUGAACUUUUUCCGAAGACUGCCAUCGUUGUCAGAUCGGGUGCUUUAGAUUCAAUCAUUUCAACCGAACAAAACAGCAUUUGUUCGUGUAAAUGAGUGAGAUAUGUAUUGUGUUCGAUAUAACUUAUAAAAGUUAUAUAAUUAUUAGUGUUUGU